GUGGAGAUUGUGGACUCAGUAGAAGCUUAUGCGAACAUGCUGAGGAACAUAUUUGACUUCCAUGCGUUAAAGGAGCUGCUUUCGGGGAAGAACCAGCUCAAGAUUCGCAUAGAUGCUAUGCAUGGAGUUGUGGGCCCUUACGUCAAAAAGAUCCUGUGUGAGGAGCUCGGAGCCCCAGCAAACUCAGCUGUGAACUGCACCCCGCUGGAGGACUUUGGUGGCCACCAUCCCGACCCCAACUUAACCUACGCUGCUGACCUGGUCCAGACCAUGAAGACGGGAGAGUACGACUUUGGAGCUGCCUUUGAUGGAGAUGGGGAUCGCAACAUGAUUCUUGGGAAACACGGCUUCUUUGUGAACCCCUCCGACUCCGUGGCCGUCAUCGCUGCCAACAUCUUCAGCAUCCCGUACUUCCAGCAGACCGGAGUGCGCGGCUUUGCCCGGAGCAUGCCCACCAGCGGGGCUCUCGAUAGGGUGGCCCAAGCUACAAAGAUUGCUUUGUAUGAAACUCCAACUGGCUGGAAGUUCUUUGGAAACUUGAUGGAUGCAAACAAGCUGUCUCUGUGUGGAGAGGAAAGUUUUGGUACUGGCUCUGACCACAUCCGGGAGAAGGACGGGCUCUGGGCUGUCCUGGCCUGGCUGUCCAUCCUGGCCACCCGCAAGCAGAGCGUGGAGGACAUCAUGAAGGAUCACUGGCAGAAGUACGGCAGGAACUUCUUCACCAGAUACGACUAUGAGGAGGUGGAUGCAGAUGCAGCUAACAAAAUGAUGAAGGAUUUGGAGGCGGUGAUGUUUGACCGCUCCUUCGUGGGGAAGCAGCUCUCGUGUGGUGACAAAGUCUACACGGUUGAGAAAGCUGAUAAUUUUGAGUACAGUGAUCCUGUGGAUGGAAGUGUCUCCAAAAACCAGGGCUUGCGGCUCAUCUUCUCGGACGGCUCCCGCAUCAUCUUCAGACUCAGCGGUACCGGCAGCGCGGGGGCCACCGUGCGGCUCUACAUCGACAGCUACGAGAAGGACCCUCACAAGAUCCAUGAGGACCCUCAGGUCAUGUUGGCACCUCUCAUUUCAAUUGCACUGAAACUUUCCCAGCUUCAUGAAAGAACUGGCCGCACCGGUCCGACCGUCAUCACCUAA